UUUCAGUAAGUUGAAAGCAGCACAUGAGUUCGGCUAAGCUCAUUUGGUUUCUCUUUUCUUGAAAUAAAAAUAAAACAUACUUAGAUAUUUUGAUGUAAUUUAAUUGUAUUUUGGUGCGUAUAAUGAAAUGUUUGUGUUGUGAUUAUUUUUGUUUUGUAUUUUUGUUUCAAAACUAAAUAAACGAGUGAUAUCAAAAAGAAGUUAUUUUAUUUAAAAAUUAUAUUAUCAUUCAUUCAAAAGGUGCUCUUCUGCCCUGACUUCUGCCCAUGUUUUGAUAAUUCCCAAAAGGUUGCCCAUCAUCGCAAUCAAAGUUUAACGUUUGUGAUUUUUUCAAAGAAAUAUCUUAGUGUUUUCGAUGAAAUUUGUGUUUUUUUAUUUUUUAUUCAUAAAUUUAAAAUUUUGAUUAAUUAAUUUGUGAUAUUUGUUUUCGUGUUUUUGUGAUCAAUACACGGAUUUUGCAUGAGUUUGGACUUCGCACUGUUAGAUGGAUAAAAAUACCUGAGCACGAACAUCAUUGUUGGAGUUAUAAUCGGAUAUUAAAUAAUUACACUGUGCUGAUAAUAUGUUAACCUGUGUAUUUGUUAUGGAUUAAAAAUAUAACAUUUUAAACAAAAGUGCAUUUCGGUUAAAUAAUUUUUAAUAUUCAUAAUGUAGUCGUUGACGGUUUUUCUUUCUUUUUGUUAUCAUAAAACCCCUCAUCAUCUUCUGGAGCUGAAAAUAAUUUAUAUAAAUAUAAAGAAAAACAUAUCAUAUGUGUUUCGACGAGCGAUAUAAUGAAGAGUUAUAUCGUUUCAUUUGUGGUGCUGUUAUUAGUUAUUAGCUAUAAUGUGAUCUUAAGUAAUAAAAAUGAUACUUUCCAUUCCGUGGACAAGUUCAUGAGUUAUCGUGAUAAUGAAGAAAGCCUGGAGCAAUCCGAGUUGAAGGCAGAUGCUGCAACAAAAGUUGAAGAUUCAUUGGAUAGUGUCUCAACGACAACAACAUUUCGGCCUUCCCGUUUAAACAAUUCAUCAAAUUCCCCCCACCAGAGAGACACAAAGCUUAUGAAUCUUCUUGCUGCCCGACGAAGUGCUCUACAUCAGGACAGAUUCAGAACCCACAGUCGAUCUGCGACAACAGGCAGAACGAAACCUUCAACAGAAGCAACUUCCAAAGCCCCACCUGAUGCCCGAACAGUAUGCGUUCGAAAUUGCACGAAAAACUUUACCCGACGGACAAGUGCAAGUUGCAUGCGACAAUGCACCAAUAUUCAUCGACGCAACAAUUCAACAAAUUCUUCUUCGUCUUCCUCUUCAACAAACAACAAUAAUUCUUCUUCCGAAGAGGAAAAGUCACAAAAAGACAAUAAUGAAAUACUUUUCACCGAUGAAUCAUCACAUGGAUUUUUCGUUGUUGCCAAAGAUGCAAAUGACACCAUGAAUCACAUUCCAGAGCUAAGAAAGUUUCCAGGAGUCUUGCCGGGAAAUUUGUACAAAGGAAGACCGAGAAAUAAGCCUAAUGUUUCAGUGCAACAACCAGACACCGAUUCGGAGUCUUAUUUGUAUUUUGGCAGGAAAAUUCCAUCACUACGUCCGUCCUUCUUGAGUAUAUCCACUGUAAGUGAUGAACAUCCACAAGUAUUUGAAGUGUCUGUUUCACAAAAGCCACCUCGACCUAAAAGUUCAAAUAAAUUCAACCCCAGAGAUAGACUUAGCUCACCGUUUACCAGAAAGUUGAAUGUUGGUAAAUUAGCUACUCUGGUUUCGCCGGAUCCGAUUCCAAUUGCUGAACACACGACGACGUUGAAACCCGACGCCAAAAAGUCUAAGCCCAGUGAAAAACAAAAUGUUAGUGCUGAAGUCCAAUCUGAGCCGGAGGUUCCGUCUCUUAAACUAAUAGUUGACACACCUCUUCCACGGGAAAUUAAUUUACGGUUUGAUGAUUCUAGCCCAACACCUGUCGAAAAAUCUUCCACAACUACAACAAUUCAUCCUCCUGAAGUGUCAACGCCUUUAAUAAUAAAUGUUAUUGACGAGGAAGAAACAACUACUGUUCAAACAACAGACCCAGAAUAUGCCACUAAUCCAACUGAUUUAGGUAUUGAAGACGCCAGCACUGAGAUAGCAAAAGUUGAGGCUCCUGCACACUUUUCAGAAGAUAAAACUAAUUUAAUAAUUUUCGUCAAUAAAAGCAUGAAAACUGUGACGCCCUCACCUCCGCCUUUAGUGCAAACCACCAUUUUUUCAUCAGUGCGUUCUACGGUCUAUCCCCCAACUGCAUCAGUCCCAAGCAAGGCCCCUGACUCGGUGAGCACCGAAAAGCAUAAAGACAGAGAAAAUAUCUUUGCAGCUGGGGAAGAAGAAAACGUCGACAUAACCUCUCCAUCCUAUGAAAGUCCGGAGAUUACAAUACGUGCCUUAACAGAGGCCACAGACGAAACCAAAACUAGUCUGGCUAAAGACGGCGAUUUGUCGCGUCUAAAUAUAGCGACAUACACGCUAGCUGCUCUCGGAAUGAUUCCGGUAUUGAUUGGUGUUGUUUACCUGGCCAGAUCAUUGAUUUUGAGAGGCUACUCUAAGCAUGAUGAGGAUUUCGAUGUUUGUAUAACUGACCAGAAGCCCAUAAGCCCAGUGAAAAAGAUAGAUAACAAUUAUGAAGAUGACGAGGAGGAAAGUGGACAGUAUGAACAGUGUUCGAUCAGCAGUAGGGAUGAGUUCAACAGAGCUAACUUAAGACUGAAGAGCUUACUGGGCGAAGGAAACUUUGGAAAGGUAUGGAAAGCUGAAGCAGACGACUUAAGUGGUCACAUUGGUGCAACACGAAUUGUAGCUGUAAAGACAGUUCGAUCUGGAAGUUCUCAAAAUGAUCUUAGAGAAGAAGCAACCAUCAUGCGUAAGCUUGGAUCACAUCCUAAUAUUGUGACUUUGUUAGGAGCAUGUCUCGAAAGUGAGCCUCAAAUGUUAAUUAUGGAGUUUGCAAUGCGUGGACGAUUGUUAUCACUUUUAAGGGCUGCCAGAAGUGCUACAAAUAUUUUACCAGCCUCUGUUCCUGGUGGUAAAAGCUUGGCUCCUUUAUCUCCGAGAACUUUGGCUGGCUUCUCGCUUGACAUAGCUGCAGGAAUGGAAUAUAUAGCAGACAAAAGGAUCGUUCAUAGAGAUCUCGCUGCUCGAAAUAUUCUAAUAGAUCACAAUGGCGUAUGUAAAAUUUGCGACUUCGGUAUGUCUACCGACUUAGAUGUUAUACAGAAAAACGACAAGCAUUACGAUGUAAAAACAAUUAGAACAACUUCGAAGAAGCUUGAUAAAUUCAAAUUUGAUCUUGGAGAACGAUUUAUAAACAAUUGGAGUCAUGGCUUCAGUGCAAAUACAAACACUAAGAAAACACAAGAUACACUGGGUAGGAGACCAGCCUUGCCGAUCCGAUGGAUGGCACCUGAAGCCCUCCAAUACAAUGAAUUUUCCAUUGAAACAGAUGUCUGGGCAUUUGGAAUAGUUUUGUGGGAGAUAGCAACCUUAGGAGCAACUCCUUAUUCUAAUUUGUCUGGUCGCGAAGUCGUUCGACAUGUUCUUCAAGGGACAAGGCCAGAAUUGCCAAAAGAUGGUCGUCAUGGAUUUUUCGAUCUAAUGUUACAGUGUUGGCACAAAGUGCCAUCAAUGCGACCAACGUUCCAUGAAGCCCGGUUGGAAAUUUCUCGGUCAGUCUGCAAGUGGUUGGACGAAGACGCAGCAACCUCCGAUUACAUGGACGUUAGUGGAUUUAGUGAGGAUCUGGAACACGGAAUGGUUUACUUUAACCAAAGGAUAUCCGAAUUCGAAUGCGAUAUAUGACAAAGAUUUUGCCUCCCCUUAUCCCACGUCUGUAAAUCGAACAUUUGAAUGAAAUGCAGAUGCGUCUUGAUGGACAGUAUUAUAGUAAUUUAUGCCUGAUAUACAUACAACACAUUACAUUAUAUAAACCCCACAUUAUUUUUGAAGUUCAAAUCCAAACACAUUUUUUAUUUUUUAUUUAAAUUUUAUUUAGACAUAUUUAAACAAAAACAAAACACCGCUAUGCUAUUAUAUUUAGUUUAAUCUAGUCUGCUUAUUAGAAUAAACAAUUCAUUUAUUAUUAAUUGUAUUAUUAUUAUUAUAAAAUAAAAGUGUUAUAAUUUACACUUAAGAAUUGUUAUGUUUAUGUGCAAUUAUUUUAAGCAUGACAAACAUACCCAAUACACAACACACACCACGACACACAAGUUAUUUGUUAAACAAAUCAUGUUUUUAUUAUUUGUAGUUAACAUAAUUCUUGUUAUAUUUAUUUGUGUUGAAAUUGAUAUCGAUAUAUUUAAUAAAAGAAAUUGAAUGUAA